CACUCACAGUCGAUUAUCGAUCGCAAACAUAUCUGAGGCGAUACUCGGCUGACUGACUCUGGACAUACCAUGCUAAAGAACUUAAGAAAACCUGACUCUCUAUCAAGCGGCAUUGGCUGAAAACCCGAACGCCCCAAGCCUUCCAAUGGCUCCGACUAAACCCCUCCCAUACAACGACUCCUUCUCCAGCACAGAAGACUACGUGGAAUCCCUGCUCGAUCUGGUCGAGAACAAUGAGCUUCUACGAACCCUUUGUGGCGGCGUCCACGUCCUGGACUUCUUCACAUCAGACCCACCUCUGUACUCCAGGAUCUUGCCGCAGGACUGGCGCGACUUUUUCGAGCAGCAUGAGAUUGUGGACCUGCUAGACUUGUACUUACGGGAAGACCUGGACUCCGAUGAUUGGAUCUGUUCUGGUGCGCGUUCAUGGAGGUCCGGUCCCGCACCACCUGCGAGUCUCGUGGAGUACAUCAAAACAGUAAGACGACAUCUUCUGGAUCGAAUCCAGAGUGCCAAUCAAUGUACCCGCAACCGGACCCAGAAGAAACUUCCGCACCAUGUUGCAGUCGGCAUGACGAUCAAGAAGGUCCACGAAGUCGGACUAUUUGCCUCUUACAUCGAUAAUCUGGCCGCCGAAAUAUCUGCAUCAUUGCCUUCAGACGAGCCGAUUUCCCAUCUUGUCGACUUCGGCUCCGGACAAAGCUACUUGGGACGUGCGCUGGCUUCGGAGCCGUACAACAGGCAUCUCGUGGCGAUUGAAAGCAAAGUACACAACGCUGAACGUGCCAAGUUCUUCGAUGUGAAGGCAAGGCUUGUUGAGGGGAGGAAGGUGAUGAGGAACAAGAAGGCUUUUCGAAAUGGAGAACUACUGGCGGAUGAACCAGGAGCUUCAUCCGACUUACCACCGCCAUCACCUGAGCCUGUCCAAACACAUUCCUAUUCUGUCGCUAAGAACGACGUUGAAUACCCCGAAAAAGGCCAGGGCACGAUCCAACAUGUCGAACAUCGCAUCAGCUCCGGAGACCUGACGGACGUGAUAGCAAGUAUUCCGCGCACGGACGAGAAGAACCUGAUGGUCAUAUCUCUCCACUCCUGCGGAAAUCUAGUCCACCACGGCCUGCGCUCCCUCACCCUCAACCCCUCCGUCAAAGCCGUAGCCAUGGUUGGCUGCUGCUACAAUCUCAUCACCGAACGUCUCGGUCCGGCAACCUACAAGCACCCCGUAUUGCGACCGACGACUUUCGCCCACCCACGACUAGGUGGCGAAGGAGAGACGUGCGAUCCAGAUGGCUUUCCCAUGUCGAAGCGACUCUGCACGUACGGUGAAAAUGGAAAGGGUGUGAGGCUCAAUAUCACCGCUCGCAUGAUGGCCGUGCAAGCCCCCGCCAAUUGGGGCAAGGUGGACAGUGAUUCCUUCUUCAAACGGCAUUUCUACCGCGCACUGCUGCAGCGAAUCUUCCUCGACCGUGGCGUUGUUGGCCCACCGAGUGAGGACCAUAGCGACGCAACGACAUCCAGCCACAGAAGCGGCGGUGUCCCCAUACUUAUCGGCUCAUUAAGAAAGACCUGCUACGACACCUUCUUAACGUACGUUCGUGGGGCUCUGGCAAAACUAAUUGACAGCGAGACCUGGGGCGCCGUGAUGCAGGAGAAGAUGGGCGAUAUCACGAACGGCGAGAUACAGCAUUACGCGGAGACGUAUAAGGCUGGGCAGAAGGAGUUGAGCGUCAUGUGGAGCAUGAUGGCCUUCUCUGCGGGCGUUGUGGAGGCGGCUAUUGUUGUUGAUCGAUGGCUUUGGCUGAGGGAACAAGGGGAGGUGGGAGAGGCGUGGGUGGAGAGUUUGUUUGAUUAUCGCCUUAGUCCGAGGAAUUUGGUUGUCGUUGGAAUUAAGAAGCAAUAAUUUGUGA